AUGGCGUCUGGCUGUAAUUCCCCCUUGGAGAUGGCGGCGCUUGGUCGGCCCUUCCACCUCGGGAUGUUCUACGACUGCAGAGCCGACAAUCUGAUCCCAGGCCUGACUCUUUGGGAUUCAGAGAAACUGGACAAAGACAUGAGAGUGAAGCCCAAACCGAGCACAAAGUUCACGAUGGUGGCCGGCGACACGCUCUCACAGAAGGCCUCGUCUCUGGGAGUGGACGCUGCUCUCAAAGCCAGCUUCAUGGGUGGAUUGGUGAAGGUGCAGGGAUCAGCUGACUACCUCAACGACAACAAAAGUUCCAGACGAGAAGCACGAGUUUCUCUGCUGUACAAAGCCACCACCGAGUUCAAAGAACUGACCAUGAACCAGCUGAGCACAGACAACAUCCAGCACCGCCACGUCAUCGACAAGGGCCUGGCCACACAUGUCGUAUCAGGGAUCCUCUACGGAGCCAACGCCUUCUUUGUGUUCCAUCAGGAAGUAUCUGAGGAUGAGAACAUGCAGAAAAUCCAGGGAAACCUCAAUGUGAUAGUUAACAAGAUCUCCUUCUGCAUUGAUGGGCAGGGCGCUCUGGCUUUGGCGGAUUCUGACAGGAAAACAGUGAACAAGUUCUCCUGCACUUUCCAUGGAGAUUUCCGUUUAGAUACAAAUCCAACAACUUUUGAAGAAGCACUAAAGGUUUACGGAGACCUUCCCAAACUUCUGGGCCCAAAAGGCGAGAAUGCAGUCCCUGUGAUGGUGCACCUUCUGCCACUCAGCUCCAUAGACUCUAAAGCGUCCCAGCUCGUUUGUCAGAUCAGCCUGAGGUUAGUGUUUGAGGUAGAGAGUAUUCUGGAGAACUUCAAAGAGCUGAACAUGAGAUGUGCCGAUGUUCUGAAGAGUCCUGUUGGUUUGAACUUCCCACACAUUAACAAUAGAGUCCGAAGAUUUGAGGCUUCGAUCUCUGAGUUCAGGCUGGGACUUGAGAGGAUCUUGUCCACAAAGCUCCCACUGAUCCGAGGAGGAGGCGAGGACGAGGCAGCACUGGCAAACGUCCUGGAGAAGAUGGCGGAAAGUCCUUUCAAGCGUCAGCGUCUGAACCAGUGGAUGGACGCAGUGGUUCAAGAGGCCAACACCAUCAAAGGCCUCGCACAUGUGUUGAAAAACACAGAACUGGUCUCGUGUGAUGUCUUCACAGAAAAGGUGUAUGGCUCAGAGAAAGCUCUCGUGUUUGUAUUCACAUCUAUGGAGAGCGCAGAUCCGUACCUGGAGGAACUAGAGAAUCAUCUAAAGGGACUUCCCUACAGCGAGUCAAGAGCGGAGUCUAAACGCUGGUACAAGAUCAAAGAAGUGAUGGACAGAAUGAGACACAAAGCGAAGGCGUUUGGAGAAUUUGCACUUGCCAACAAAGAGCUUGAAAGAGAAUCUCUCCGGUUCCUGGCAGUGGAGAUGGCUGAUGAGAACCACAAAGAUGCAACCGUUCACUUUUAUGAGGACGGCUUCUUAAGCAGUGAAAGUUUUGAACUUCCUUCUAAGCCAUGCGCAGUGACACAGACCGGAGCCACUAUAACCAGUGUAUUUCUGAAGUUCACUCCUGCUUCAGUGGGAGCGGAGAACGUGAGCGAAUACCGAGUGGAGGUCUGUGAGAAAGGCCAGGAGCAGUGGAGGUAUCUUCAGGCCCAGGAUGGAUUGGCCACCAUCACAGGGCUGAAGCCAAACGCAGAGGUCAGCGUGAGGGUGAGAGCUGUGACUGAGGUGGGAGUGGGACCAGCUUCAGCAGACGUCUCCAUGAAGACCUUAGUAUGCUUCACCCCUGGAGACCUGCGAGCCUCCUGCACCUCCACCAAUAUCUGUGCACGCUGGACGAGGCCGGCAGAGGUAAACCAGCAUAUGAGAUACCAGAGACCACAUCUGAUCUUCUUCCUCAUCGACGACCAGCCUCUGAACUGGACCUUGAGCCCCAGUGCAUUGUGGGACACGUCGGUGCAGGCGGCCAUCCGAGUGGGCGACUGGAAGCUGCUGACGGGCGACCCGGGCCACGGAGACUGGGUCCCACCACAGCUGUUCCCGUCGCUCCCCGGUCGCUGGUGGAACCUGGAGCGCUCUGUGUCGUCGUGGCACAAGUCUCCGGAGUAUCGCGGCGUGUGGCUCUUUAACGUGAGCGCAGAUCCGUACGAGCGCUGGGACGUCUCCGAGCGCAGGCCUGAUGUGGUCGAAACGUUGCUACGGCGACUGGUGCACUACAACAGCAGCGCGGUGCCGGUGCGCUUCCCGCCGGACGACAGCAGAGCUGAUCCAAGGAGGCGCAGAGGAGCCUGGGAGCCCUGGGAGGAAGAGGAGGAGGAGGAGGAGGAGGCAGAGAGAGCAAGCACUCAGCACAAAACCAAGAAGAAGAAGAAGAGGAGAGGGAAGUGUCACCUGUGUAAACUCAAGGCCUUUUUCCACAAACUCGACAUGAACCUCAUCUGA